UGGUUUGAGAAAAGCAUCAGUACUCGCGUUAGUUGACAUAAGCGACUGACGAGAUUCAUCAGAAAAAAUGUUUGGACGUUCCUUAUUUGCGCUUUGCGCUCUCGUGCUCUUCGUUGGUGUUACGGAUAUCAAUGCAGCUGUCGUAAAAGAUACCCAGUUGAAGCCUCUGCCUUCAAAAUCAGACAUUAACGUUGACGAAUUGGUAGAUGUAUCGAUAGAGAACGACAAUGCGAUCAUUGACGAGAUCCUGAAAAUUCUUCAAGAAUUCUUUGGAGAGCCUGCUGAAAAUUGUUUGAAGGCGGCUGCCAAGGAAUGCAAGAAACACUGGUACAACCCUAAGAAGCUUGUGAAAUGCGCUAGGGAUUAUUUCCAUGAUCAUUCGGAAGAAUGCGCCGUUUCUCGAGUCGAAUCACUGGAUGUUUCAAUUGAAAAUGACAAUGCAAUCAUUGACGCAAUCUUAGAGGUCUUGAAGAAGUUUUUCUUAAAUGCGGCUGAGAACUGCCUUAAGGAAGCUGCAAACAAAUGCAAGAAAUACUGGUACAAUCCCAAGAAACUUGUAAACUGUGCUAAGGACUAUUUCAAAGAGAAUGAGGGCGACUGUGCCAUCCCAGAAGUAAGAGCCGAGUCAGACUUAUUGAUUGAAAACGACAACGCUAUCAUCGACGGGAUCCUUGAAAUCCUGAAGGAGUUCUUUGUGGAAGCUGCUGAAAACUGCCUGAAACAAGCUGCCAACAAGUGCAAAAAACAUUGGUACAAUCCCAAGAAACUCGUAAACUGCGCUAAAGACUACUUCAAGGAAAACAUCGAAGAGUGCGGUGCCGCAGACUUUGAUGCCCAAAAAGAAAUUCAGAUGAAUUCCUUCGAUUUGGCCAUUGAAGAAGAUAACGCGAUUAUUGACGCUAUCUUGGAAGCCCUCAAGAAAUUCUUCGUAAAUGCUGCCGAAAAUUGCCUCAAAGAAGCAGCUAAUGAAUGCAAGAAAUACUGGUAUAAUCCCAAGAAGCUCGUAAAAUGCGCUAAGGAGUACUUCAAAGAAAAUGAAGGAGACUGCGCAAUUCCAGAAUAUUGAUAUGAAUAUAUUGGGAAGAACUCGUACGCAAAUACAUACAUGUAAAUACCUCAUAGAACAUUAUUAAGUUGCCUUGCAAUGAUCAUUUGUACCUAAUUCAUUUAUUCAAUAAAUUACAACAAUAAUUAUAA